AUGGGUGAUAAUAAAAAAAGGAAGAGCAGCAGUUUCCGCAAAAUAUUUCCAUUUUUCACAAAAAAAUGUAAACAGAAAUAUGACGAUAUUCCUCAUAUUUCCAAGAGAUCGAGUCACAAUCAAGUCUGCAAUCAAUAUUACAAUCCACAUUCUGUGAUAAAAGAUAAUAAAGAAAAUGUUUUGGAGCAAACUGAAGCGAUAUAUGAAAAUCUCUCUGUACCAUGUACUGUAGCGAAAAGCUAUAAAGAUAAACAAAGUACGAAAGAUUCUAAAACGCGUUUUCACAAUAAUGAUAAUUGGUAUCAACAUCAAGGUACUAGUUACCCACAAGAACUAUCAUUACAAAAUAGCUAUGAUACAGAGUCAAGUAUUGAUUUAAGGCGAUAUCCUGACAAAUACUAUCACUCUCUAGAUAAGUUACCAAGUAACACACUUCCUGUAGAUGAAAUAGAAAUAUACAAAGCAUCGCAAUUUCAAACAAAUCCAGAAUCAGUUGGGGCUGAAAUAAAACGUGUAAGCACCAAGUUCCUAAUUUCUCCGAAAAAAGAAGCCGAGGUUCGUACAAUUCAACCAACCAGGGCGCGCAGUUUGUCCCUUAGUAAAAAUAGACUUGCCCAGCAACCAAGAACAUACUACGAAAAUCGUGAUGUAGGUAAACCCUACCACUAUUCUGCGCCAACCUCUCCUAUCGCGGUUGGUCAUCGAAUACCAAGUAUGCCACUAACUCACUCGCCCUACGAAAGUUUAAAAAAAAAUAUGCUCGAAGCAGAAGAGGGCCGAAAGUCGUUUAGUCGAACGAGUAUUCAAUCAAAAUCUUCAGCCCCGCCAUUCGAAAUGAAUAAGGACGUUAAAGAAACGGCUCGACUUAAAGUGGAAGCGUUCUAUUGGCAAAAAAUCAAGCAGUUAAAAGUUCAAGAAGAUGAGUAUAUAUUGAAGCAAACAUUGAACAAUAUGUCACCUUCUCCGAAUGCUAACACAUAUUCAAACUGCAGCUCUCCGAGUUCGUUUAUGAUGAACUCCAAAAGUUGUAGCUUACCUCAAGAUGUAAGGCGGCGGAAUAAUUUUAUUAUGUCAAAUAAUUAUUUACAUCUAAAUCCACCAUUCACUCGAGGUAUUUCGGAACGGCGAACUGAUAGUUUUGUAAGAAAAUCAAACAACGCAGAGUUUGAUGACUACUACCAUCAAAAAAGAACAUCGACGCCAAUAAUUCUUGAAAAUAAAUUAUACACAAAUGUAGUUACACCCAAUGCCCAAAGGGUACAGAAGUGUGUAAAUUACACUUCACAUCAAACAAUAAUGGCUGGCAGAUUUAGUAAUCAAAGCAUUAGUGCGGGAUGCCCUCAACCACCCAUUCGUACAUCCAGUGUCAGAAGCUCUUCAUCAACUUACAGAAAAAAUGAAUCGGUACGGACUGGUGGAAGAGCGCUUUAUUUUGAGUCGGAGAGCGGUUCAGACGCUGGUGAAAUAAAAUUGUUGCCGAAGGAUAUCUAUAAAGGUAUAUAUAUUUUUUUAAUUGCUUCAUUCGAUAAAAUAAAUUUAAGACAAAGUAAUACUCAAUUAUGA